UUCCAGUAUAGUGCAGUCAAGUGUAACCCAAAGAUGAAGUUUUGUGCUGUGCUGCUUUCGAUCUGUCUGCUGUUGGGCAUUAGUCAAGCAUUGCCCGCCGAUGAUGCACAAGCGGAGACAGUGCGCUUGGAGAGUGAAAACAAUGGUGUGGACAAAUACUCAUUUGCCUAUGAGACGAGCAAUGGCAUAACACGUGACGAGGAAGGUGUUCUCAAGCCAGGCGAAGGUGACGCAGAAGGAGUAUUCGCUGUAAAGGGUUCAACCAGCUGGACUGCACCCGAUGGCAAGAAAUACGAGAUUAGUUUCACUGCUGAUGAAACAGGCUACCAUCCCAGCUUUAAGCUAGUGGCCUAAAUGGUGCAACGAGCAGAAAAGACCUUUGCAUUUUGUUGAACAUUCUCAAAAACAAACACAAAACAAAACAAAAAAAACAAAGACAAUAAACUUUAAGCUGAACAAAACUAA